AUGAUGAUCAUCAGGGCAAACAAGAUUUCGGAAAUGUUGACAAUGACAUCGACAGUAUUUGCAGAUUUCAAGCAAAAUAAUAACAAUUUGUGAAUCUGAAAGUGUUUAAAGUCGUUUGGGAAGAAUGGCGGCAGUGUCUCAAACAAUUUCGAGAACAACAGCAAGGUGGUGGUUAUUGCAGUUAUCAUCUGUGCAUCGAUCUAGUUGUGUUAAACCUAGUUAUGCAUCAGAGUCAACAAAGGUCAAGAGUCAUCUGAGAUACCUCCGACCUUUCACCUCACAUCCCUUGACAUGGUGUGGAUUAAGAGCAUUAUGCACCACUAACCAAGGCAAUGACAGACUGGAUAAGAACAAAGAGAAGGCUGGUCAGACCCCUGAGCAAACCCCAGAGCAAACCCCAGAACAAACCCCAAAGCAGACAGUUCAGAUGACUUCAAAUGAAAAGAUUCUUGAGAAAGCUGCAAGUAAAACAUCAGAUGAAGAUCCAGUCCCUAGACCUAAGAUAGUUUCUUAUAAAGACAGGAGACGUCGGAUUGAUUACAGUAAGAAAUACACUGACAAUAUCACAAUUACAGCUGUACGAGCUAUGAGUGAAUAUUUACUGAAAUCAAGUGAUUUGGAGCAAUUACGCAAGACAGUCCGAAGAAGUCCCUAUGAGCAGUAUGGAGAAAAGAUGUCAAUGAUGGUGUACUUAAGAUCAGAUGUGGAAACAAAGUCUAUAGAAGUAUGGGGAAGUAAAGAGGCUUUAGAGAUGGAAAAGAGGAAAAGAAAACAGAAAGAAGACUUCUAUAAAGAGCAUGUGUUCUUAUUGAAGAGAGCUAUAAAGGAGUAUGACACAUUCUAUGGAGAGACCAAACAACCUGAGCAGACUAUGUUUCAAGGAGCUGGAAAAGUUGUCCUUAUAGCAAUUGCAAUUAACUCAGCUAAUUUCCUGUUCAAGUUGGUAGCCUGGAUGUACAGUGGUUCUUCCAGUAUGUUUUCUGAAGCAAUUCACUCGGCUGCCGAUGUUUGUAAUCAGGUCAUUCUUGCCUUAGGAAUCAGACAGUCCAUCAAGAGACCUUCAGCGGAUCAUCCGUAUGGAUUCAGCAGUAUUCGAUAUGUCUCUUCACUCAUCAGCGGAGUCGCCAUUUUCUGUAUCGGUGCUGGCUUUUCUUGUUACCAUGGUUUCAUGGGAUUAAUCCAUCCCGAGCCAAUGGAAUCUCUCUUCUGGUCAUACUGUAUUCUGGCUGGAUCACUUCUAACAGAGGGAGCUACCUUAAUGAUUGCCAUCAAUGCUAUUAAGAAAGGAGCUAAAGCUAAACAACAGACCUUCAUGGAAUAUGUGCUGCGUAGCCGAGACCCAAGUAUCAACGUUGUGUUAUUAGAAGAUGCAGCUGCAGUAUUAGGUGUAAUGGUUGCUGCUGGAUGUAUGGGAUUGACAUCAUACACCGGUAACCCUAUGUAUGAUGCCAUGGGAUCCAUCGCUAUUGGAGCUAUCUUAGGAUGUGUGUCAGGGUUUUUAAUUUACAGUAACACAGAAGCACUAUUGGGCCGCUCCAUACCAGAGAGUGAACUGAUGAGAAUAAGCAGUAUGCUGGAAAAUGAUGUCAUGGUCAGGGGUGUUUACGAUGUAAAGGCUACAGACAUGGGAGUUGAUACAAUCCGAUUCAAGGCAGAGGUUGACUUUGAUGGAAGAGAAGUGACAAGAUCCUACCUUGAUGGCCAAGAUCUAGAGAGUUUACUACAGGAGUUGAAGACUUACACAACGAUGGAAGAGAUUGAAGGAUUCAUGUUGAAACAUGGAGAGAAGAUUAUUGAUUCACUUGGAGCUGAGGUAGACAGGAUAGAAAAGGAAAUCAAGACAUUGAACCCAGAGGUGCGACAUGUUGACUUGGAGAUCUUAUGAGGUGUGGAAUUAGAGUCUGCUGUAAUAUUGAUUGAUGUGCAAUACAUUCUUAAAGGGAUAGAGA